CCUGCUGAAAGAGUUUAUUUAUUCACACGAAAAUGCUUCGCUUCUCAGAAGAGAAUUUCCCUUCUUGAUUUCCAAACAGAAUUCACUCAAAAUCAUUGAUAUUUAUGUCGCUUUCGAAUGGCUUCCACUAAAUUCUGAAAUUUGCACAAGAAAAGAUAUUUAUAGUACCUGCAACUUUGGUUAAGCAACUUUUUCGGUCAAGCCAAUAGUUUAGUAGAUAUAGACCAAUUCGCGUUUUCCAAAAUGGCGGAUUUCGCCAGGGGGUUAGCGUCCCGAAAACCUGGACUUAAAGUUUUCUAAAAUUAAAAUCGUUCUCUCAGAUUUGAAAAAAUCAGCCGUCCUAUGUUUCGUUCCACGAAAAAGUCUAUCUUUCUUGUACUAAUAAUUGAUUUACCUUGAAUAGUAUCCUGUUGAUCAAUGGCGUGUUCAGAAAUCAUAAAAUCCUCAACGGUUUCUUUUUGGAUGUUAGGACAAAAAGCCUUAUCGCCAUUUCUCUUGCUUUGAAGAUUAUACAUUUUUGCAUCACAAAAAUCAGUUUCAAGCUAUGUUAAUUAUUUUUAAAAUUUUUAUGGUAUAGGUACAAAUUCCACAAACCUCUGCUAUAUACAUAUUGACACCAAGAGGUCUUAAAUAAUAAAGCGUAGGUCAAUUGAAUUCCUAUCAGUGGCACUAACAGAAUGCAACUAGGAACAUAAAUACGGUUCUUAUUUAGACUGACCUAUAUUGCAUUAGUUUUUUUAUCAUCACCUCUCUCAGCCUCUUGUCAACUUCAAGUAAUUUGAACGUCAACCAUGCAACCAAGAAUGCAGCUGCUCUUACAUGUUAAGAGAAUACUCUAAUUUCUAAUUUUGUAAUGAUAUAACUAUUGAUUUAUGACAUAGAGUUAGCAGGUAUUCUUUCCGAAUAUGGAGUUAGCUGUUUUACUCAUCACGCGAUUUCGUCAACUUAAAAGUGUAACUGAACGUAAAUUUUGAUGUCAGACGAUGCACCUUCCCAAUACCUUUCAUGCUAUAUCCUGUAUACCUAACUCAAUUUAGCCCAAAAGUGGAGUUAGCAGGUUUACACUCUAAGCCGACGAUAUAAAAUUAUACGAAAUAAGUUUUUGUAUCAGGCUUAAGAAUGGUUAAACUUUAUUUCUUCUAAGAAAAUUUCACCUUUGUACCUCCUAUUUUUUAUUAUUAUUUCUUAUUUCAUAAUUUUUCUUAACAAUUUAAAAAUCAAAAUACGAGUACUAUACAAAGCGUACGUACAUAUUUAAAUAAUUUUUCUACGAUCAACUACAUUUUUGCAUUCGUUCACCGAAAGUAGGGCAAAGUAGAGCAAUUGAUCUUCUAAAAAAAGUUUGAAAAUGAUGAAAUCAUCGGAAGAACCCUUUCGAAACAAUAGAAGGUGUUAAGAUACAUCAGCAUUUGACAAAGUUAAAGUAGGUAAUCAUAUAAAAUUAAUCUAAUUAUUUCUAUCAACAAAAUUAUAAUUGAAUUUAACAAGAAAACUUGAAAGAUAUGGACAAAUCCAUUGAUUGAAAUUGUCUAAUCACUCUGAUUUAAUUUGUCAGAUAUGAUAUCUUAUGCUGUUAGUAUAAAACCCUACAUUUAGGCUUUACAAGCCAUCAGUUUUGUUCAGAGAGUUGAGUUGAAUAAAACAAUGAGAAGUUUAAUUUUUAUAUUGCUUUUGGGUGUUGCCCUAACAUUGGCCCUCAACUUUAGAACAUCAAAAAUUAUCAAGCCCAUUUCUAUCGCAGGUCGUAGCUCAAGUCCUCGCAUUACUAAUGGUUUGACAGCCAAAUCUGGACAAUUUAACUUCCAAGUUGGUUUGAGCAGUAGAAUGAGCCUUUUCACCAUGCAAUUAUGUGGAGGUUCUUUGAUCUCUCCCGAAUGGAUCGUAACUGCUGCUCACUGUACGGAAGGAGUUAAGUCUAUUACUGCCUAUCUAGGAAGCAACGAAUUUUUAGCUGGUAAAAAAGUUAAGGUUUUGGAAACAAUCAUCCACAGCGAAUGGAAUAUAACCGGAUCCAUUGAAAAUGACAUAUCUCUCUUGCGCAUUGCUCCCGUCACUCUUGGACCACAAAUUGGGAUCGUCAACUUGCCAGCUCUAUCCAGAUCUGAUGAUUAUGAAAGCUAUUUGAACGAAAAAGUCAUUGCUUCCGGCUGGGGCAGGCUUAGUGACGAUCCAAAGGAAAAGUCUCCCGAAGAGCUACAGUACGCUUCGAUGGAAAUCAUAUCAAACUGGAAGUGCAACCUGUUUUUCGGAGGAAUGAUCAAACCAACGAACAUUUGCGCACAAGGACAAAAGGCAACAUCAACAUGCCAAGGAGAUUCCGGUGGUCCACUUGUCACUGAAUCAUCGAAAACACUUAUUGGUAUUACAUCCUUUGUAUCAGGUAGUGGUUGCACUUCAGGUUUUCCAGAUGGUUUCACUCGUGUCACCAGCUACAGAUCAUGGAUCUUGGAGCAUACUGGAGUCUAAAUUUAAGUUUGUGGAUUUUUUUUUAAACUAAAAAUAGAUGGGAUGUGAAAGGAGACACUUUUUUGCUUGGAACUGUAGGCAGGCAUGGAAAAGUCGAUACAAUUGUAUCGAAUUUGAUACAAAUGAGUUUGUUCGAGUACAAAAAUACAAUUUGUC